AUGAACUGUCAAGACCAAGCUGAACUUGAAAAACUGCUGCCACCAGAUGAUCCACUGAAACGAGUGCCUUCAAACCGAUUUCAGGUACGGUUCUAUGGUCGAGUCCAAACGACAGAAAGCACCAUCCAGUUCCGUGAAUGGCUGCGCUCGAAGCGGCGCGGUGGAGACAGCGUUGCAACAAAGUCCGUUUUCCUUCGCAACGUCGUCUUCGCUGUAUCCACUAUGGUCCCAUCGAGCGAUAUAGGCAGACUACUUCCUGCCUCUACUGUGGAGGACCUUCUUGUCUCCCUCAUGGAUUCGCGAAGAGACACCCGCUUCAAGGUUUUCAAAACUGAACCUCCUGAUGAUUCGGAACUUGAAAUUCAAAUAAAACCGAAGAGUGCAAGCGAGCCACCUCCUCCUAAGAAUGUGAUUGAGCGGAAAUCAAGUUCUACAGGAAGGUUUAUGGUAAUGACAGACAACUCCAACCUUAACUGUGUGGCGGAAAAUGAAACGUCCAACAUUCGACAUGGUGAAGAAGAUUACAGAACUAGAGAAGAUGGAGCUCCUUCAUGUGAACCAGUGAUCCCUUCUCGAUCAAAAGGGGUGCACUUUUCUGUUGGAGAUAAGAAUCACGAAGAAGACCGAAAACGAGAGCAGGCAGAAACGAACACAACUAUCAACUUGAAGAGUUGGCGCAACAUGAAGACGCUCGAGCAUCCACCCAUCAUGGAUUUCUAUCGUAAUUCGGUGGACAUCGCCGACGGAGGCGGCGCAGUUCGACCGUCUAUGCUUCAGCUUAUUCAUGGCGAUAGAUCUAUACCUGAGGAAAUUGAAAUCGAAGGAUUCAAGAAACAAAAUGAUGAAUUAGUGGAAGGGCAGAUUGAGAAGAGACCGUCAAAAUCACACAUGGAGAAGUUCUCUCCACCACCAAUGCAGGCACGAGUGAAAUUUGGAUGGAUACAGGGCGUUUUUGUGCGAUGUCUGUUGAAUAUAUUUGGUGUAAUGUUAUACUUGCGUAUCAGUUGGGUGGCUGGUCAAGCUGGAAUCGGCCUUGGCUCUAUGAUCGUGCUUCUGGCUUCAUUCGUUACUUCCAUUACUGCCAUUUCUACAUGUGCAAUUUGCACAAACGGCGACGUUAAAGGAGGUGGUGCUUACUUCCUGAUUUCGCGUUCGCUUGGUCCGGAAUUUGGAGGUUCAAUUGGAUUGAUUUUUUCUGUAGCAAACGCAGUAGGGGCAGCCAUGUACAUAGUCGGAUUUGCUGAAACCGUGCGGGAUCUGCUGAGAGAGGCAGGCCUACGUAUAAUAGACGCAGACAUGUGGGAUGUCAGAAUUGUAGGGUUCGCUACUUGUGUUGUUUUAAUGGCCGUAGUUUUCAUUGGAACCGAAUUCGAGUCGAAAAUGCAGAUAGGCUUACUGAUGAUUCUGGUGGCCUCAAUCAUCGACUAUAUGAUCGGCUCCGUAUUUCCACCUAAUGAAACCAUGAUAGUGCGAGGUGCCACGGGAUAUAGUUUGAAUACUUUACUCGAUAACUUAUUGCCAGCUUUCCGUGGUGAGGACUUUUUCUCAGUCUUUGCUGUUUAUUUCCCUGCUGCUACUGGCAUUAUGGCUGGCGCGAACAUCAGUGGCGACCUCGCCGAUCCACAGCGUGCUAUACCAAUUGGAACGCUUCUAGCUAUUGGUGUUACUACUGUAAUCUAUUUGGCAACUGUUUGGAUGACGGGCAGCACAUGUGUGAGGAAACCUAUUUGCAAGCUUUCAUGGAUCAAACAGCGCAAAACCGACGACCAGGACGACCUCGAAUUUAUAUUAAUGACGCUGAACGCCAAAGGAGUCACCGCCUUAGAGAGACUUACAGCAGCGCAGUAUCCGUUGGCAAGCAAACGCAGAGCAACAACGACGGAGGCGACAGAACGAAAACGAGGAGCAACGUUUGGUCAGACGCUCAGCUAA